AUGAAGAUGAUGAGUCCCAUGUGCAUGUCCCUCUCCAUGCAGAUGCCUGUGAGAAAAGAGGCAUUUAUAUUUUUUAAGAAGAAGAAGAAGAAGAAAAGGGAAGAAGAAAGAGAAAAUGUGAAACAAGAAGAAAAGGGAAGAACAAUGAGAAACGUGAAAAGAGAAGGAGGAGAGAGAAUGAAGAGAGAAGAAAAAAGGGAGAGAGAUAGCAACGAAACCCCAACCCUCCCCAACAAAGCCACCGACAACCUCAAUCUCGUCACGGCGACUUUUGACCCAGGGGUAGAAGCAUCGUUGCGCCUCCCUGCAUCUGAAUUUCCUCCCCUAUCUUCCAAUUUGACCCUGCUCUCGAAGCGUCUGCGAGUCAGAAAUAGACAAGGCGAGCUGAGGAGCAGAGCAACCCUCCCAGCAAGACUUUUACUGUAG